UAACCACUGACCUACUAACACAGAUCCAUGAGUCAGUGGCCACCUUGAGAGGAAAGCCAUGGGAAGAAGAGCUGGCUGGGCGCUUCGCGACUUGUAGGAUUUGAUCGAGUUCCAGUUAACCCGUGGAGCCUGUCCGUGAUACGCGGUGGAAACGCGGACGGACGCUUUGAAGAAGGCACAGAGAAGAUUUCCUUAACUUAAGUGGAUUCAUCCGAUGUGGCAGUCACUGUUGCUGCAGACAAGCAUUAUGGUGUACAGUUAAAGACCUCUGAGCAUAUCGACAGAAGCCAACAGUGAUAAUAUGCAAUCAGUCAAACAAGAGGUGGAUUCCAGCGAGUCCUACAGUGGAGAGGAUGCCCUGGUCCUGGCUGUGGCCUUACAGGGGGCUAACAGAGACCUAAUGGGCCACAAAAUCUCCGCAAUUCCGUUCAAGGCUAAAACAUCUUGCCGUAGGAAAAGGGAGUUUAUCCCAGAGGAGAAAAAAGACAACCUUUACUGGGAGAGGCGCCGCAAAAACAAUGAAGCGGCCAAGCGCUCCAGAGAGAAGCGGCGCAUCAAUGACAUGGUGCUUGAGAACAAGCUGAUGGCUCUGGGAGAGGAAAACGCCUCGCUGAAGGCUGAGCUGCUGUCGUUGAAGCUGAAGUUUGGCCUGGUGAGCUCGGCGGUGUAUGCCCAAGAAGUCCAGAAGCUAUCCAGCUCCACCAAUGUCAACCUCUAUCAGGAGUUUGUUCCUCCAAGUGCUGGCCAAGGUUCCAGCAGGGAUUUGGAGCCAAUUCACCUACGAAGCAGCUGUAUAUCAGUCAUCAAGCAUUCACCUCACAUGCCCGAGACAUGUAUUGCAACUCAGGGGAGCUUCAGUAUCUGCAGGACUGCAGAGGUCAAGCAAGAACCAGCAGAGAAUGGCAGCUAUGCACAGGAGAGGAGUAGUCCCUUUGAACUCUAUAGAAACUAUGUGGCCAGCCCUUUGUCUGGAGUCUACUCCCAACCUGCUUCAUUUCUCCAGGUAUCCAGGUCAUCCAGUAACUCCCCCAGGAGCUCAGAUGAUGGUGCCGUCAGCAAAUCAUCAGAUGGUGAGGAUGAGCAGCAGGUCCCCAAAGGGUUGAAUCCGUCUGUAGCUGACCCAAGAAGUGUCAUUGUCUCCACACACAAAGUGCCAGAUGUCAGUUCUUCAGCUUUGCCCCAUAAACUGCGGAUCAAAGCCAGAACCAUCCAAAUCAAAGUGGAGGCCAUCGACCCUGAAUACGAGUCCUCUGGUCCUGUCAGAAUUUCAGAGGGAGGAUGCUACCAGACCUCUCAGGACUCUUCAGAGUACACCCAGUCCUCCCCAUGCCCUUUGUCAUUACAGGUCACCAACAUGCAGGACUGGAGCCACCAGUCUGAGAAGUGGCAUAAAAGCAGCACAGAGACACAGCAGAAUGGCUGCAAGAGUAGCAGGCUAACCCCAAGCCCUGUUGCACACAGAAGCAUGUUGGAUGUGAAAGAACCGUCCUAUGCACACCCACAUGCUGAGGACUUGUAUUUAAAACAGGGCCUGGCUGACCUGUCUGCAAAAGUGGCCUCUCUGAAAAGACUGAUCAAAACACAGCAAGGCUCUGUGAUAGAGUCAACCAAAAGCACCAGUGAUCACCAGGAGUCCUUGUCAAAAGAAUAUUCCACCAAAUGAUCUUUGUUUGUUUGUAUGUAUUCUGUAUUUGCUGUUGCACUGUGUGGUUUGGUUGAUAUUGGGCUGAAACAAUGUUUUGAUUACUGUAUAUUUUCAAAUAUGAGCUACACAAACAAAGGCUGUUUGCUUGUACAGGUUGAAAAAUAUUGAGGAUGUGUGGAAGUACCUGUACUUGAAGUUCACGUGGUAUAUCAGCACAGUGCACCAUGCGACAGCACUAAGUUCAUCAACUGUCAUGUCAUUCAGCACUCUGCGCCUCACUUUCUGUCUUCAGCUACUCUCACAUGCUAGUGGACCAUCACACUCCUCUCAUAUAUUUGUUCCCAUGUAUGACUGUAAGAUUCAAAGAUUCACAAUUUUAAAAGAAUAAAUAAAUGGUCGACUGCUGUAUUAGCCAUUUUGUGAUGUGUGUUAUGACACAGCAGAAGGAAUCUACAGCUAAUGACAUGGCUUACCUUCCUGUGCAGGCCACAUUUUGGCCUUCGGCUCCAGAGUUUGGUCUCCUCUCAAAGUGGAUGUUCUGCAGAUUUAUUCCAUGAUCCACCACACGAGAUGAAUAGAUCCCCAGCUUUGUUACAGUAGUUUGAUCAGGGAAUGAAAAACCAGUGGGAAUUAAUUGGUGAUUUAAAGAACUAUAUCAGAAAAACACUUGAGAGCAGCAGAGUGGUUAGUAUGACGUGACUCAGAGUUAGUGCUGAAGUACAUUUGACUUUAAUUCUAAUUCUAAUUGACAGGUGAAGCAGAUCUGAAAAGAAUCACCUACAGUAAAUAAAUUAUCUUUGAGCACUAUUUGAGGAUUUACAGUAAAUGAAUGAUGUGUGACAGAUAUCAUUCAUGUGUAGGACAUUGUGUAGAGCUUUUAUUUUUCUUUUACCAAAUGAUUCAUGACUGCUGUUACUGGCCUCUGCCCCUCAGUAUACACCUACUGUCACUGAACACUGUUCUGUAUUGAUGUUGUGGUGCUGGACCGGGCCCAGGUAUGUGUGCUCUACCCUGUCCUGCUGCAGCCACUAUCAUUACAUGUUAGGCCAAAGUUUGCAGUCUGGCCAUUCUUUGCCUUAAACCUGAAAUGUUUUUUUAUUAAUGUACUGUGGUCUUUGUAUCCAUUUGCAUGUUGGUGUGGUGACUGGUCGGAGACGUCCAUACCUCUGCUUUAGAGGAAUGUUCAGCAGUGCUUUAUUUUAUGGGUUUUAAUCAUUUCUUGACAUUUCCUGGAAAGAACUAUGUAUUUUAAUAUUAAUUGUGGGUGAAAAGAUCCAGAGUUCUUUUCUGGAGUCUAACAAAGAUGAGCCUGUAAAAUUCAGCACUUCUGCUUUUGUUCUGUCCUUGUCCUGGUCGACUGUUAAUAACCUUCAUCACUUUAGUAAUCAUACUGUACAUGUUGAAAUCAAUGAUGUUUGCUCCAUCAUCUCUGCUGUAGUUCACCAAAGCCAAAAGUUAGAGUUACAUUUUGGCUUCAACCUAAGUUUAGCAUAACAAUGAAAUAGGCUCUGCUACAUUUACUGGUUCACAGUUACAAACAGCCAUUGCUUCGCUUCAGUUUUUAAUUGAAUUUUUGUUGAAUAUUUCAAUCUUUCAGGCUGCUGGUUAAACAGACUGUGAUGACACUGGAUGGAGAAAUAAGACUAGUGUCUGAUGAACUGAAAAGCUCUGGCAUAUUCGGACACAUUCUGUUCUUAAAUGUUCUGAAUUUUUAGAAACAUGACAUUUCCAGAGGUUCAGCAAUAUGGAAUGUACAGCUGUCAGGGUCUUAUCAAAUGGUUUGAUUUUCUUAUAGCCAUUUAGGGUGAUCCCUAUCACACAUUGACCUUCUCUAUAAUCAGCAAACAUACUUACUUCAGUACUUCAUUGAUAGGAUGUCAGAUGAUACAGUUCAUUUCAAAAGGAUUGUUGUCAUAGAUUGUAAUAUCUCCAUGACGACAAUGAUGCAAACAUUUGCCCAGCAGCCUGAAGUCCAGCUACCAGAACACUUUUCUCAAGAUUUAUUGUAAUUGUGAGUUGUGUGUUUCCAAUAAAUGUUUUGUCACUGAA